CAGCCGCUCCGCGCAGCCGACCGGGAAGGCGGACGGACAGACGGACGGACAGACGGACGGACGGACGGACGGGCCCCCGGCGGCGCAGCGGCGGCCCCGGCGCUCGGGAGCGGAGCGGGGCUCGGACCGGGGAUGCGCGGGAGCGGCGGGCAGCCCUGCCCUGCCCCGAGCCAGCACCGGUAGCGUCCAGUGCUUUGCUGCUGUAGCACACACAGCUCUUCUCAAAUCAGUGGGAUACCCUGUGUUUACAGUUAAACUGUGUUCAAAUGCUUCACUGCAUCAAGAUCAUUAAAAUGUGUUAAGGCCCAGAGGUCUAAGAGUACAUGAUCUCAGGGGGUGUGACCUGGGGAUACAGCCAGGAGGGACAUCUGGAGAGUGGUGGCAUUGCUUAAAAACCAACAACUGGGAAACGCCGGUGUGAGGAACAGAGAGCAGAACUGGACCUUCAGUGGCUGUGCAGGAUUCUGAAUGCAGAAGUCAUCACAAUGAUACCCAGCUCUUAUACCCUGCUUUUUACUUAUAGCCAUGUAAGAACUUAAACAGGGAGACAAAUUAUUGACCAGAAAAUGGCCCACCGAAGCCCAAUCUUCCCAACUCUUGCCCCUUCUGAAAGCACCCAUGAGCUCCAUUGCAUUCCACGGAAGCUAUGCAAGUGCACUGCACCCUUGAAAAAUAUAGACAAAUAUUCAAGACGGGUUCGGAACAUCCCGCUGCACAGCCAGGCGCUGACGGCGGUGCCGCUGGCAUCUGCCAGCCUGGUGGAUCAGCUGGAGGACAGGAUCCUCAGCCAUGAGAAAACAACGGCGGCCCUUGUGGAACACGCUUUUCGCAUCAAGGAGGACAUUGUGUCCACCCUGCACAGAAUGCAGAACAAAGGGGGGGGGGACCGGCUGGCCCGGCAGCUCCUGGAGGAGCACAUCCGAAACAUAACGGCCAUAGUGAGGCAGCUCAACCGGGACAUUGAGAUGCUGCAGGAACAGAUCCGUGUCAGAGACAAUCUCAGCUACGGAACAAAUUCUACCCUGAAGAGUCUGGAAAUGCGGCAGCUUUCUGGCUUAGGGGAUCUUCGGGGAAGAGUUGCAAGGUGUGAUGCUGGGUUAGCCAGACUGUCUGCAGAGCAUAAAAUUACAUAUGAAAGACUUCAGAGCCUAAGUAAAGACCAACACACCUCCAAGCUGAUCUUAGAAUCUAAAAUCAAAGAGGCAGAAAUACAGAUUUCUCACCUGCUGAGCAGAGUAGAGCAAUCGAUAAUGCAGCAAGAAGCAAAGCUCAAGGUUGCCUACAAAGAGAGCAACCAACAGCUACAACUCCUGGACACCAAAUUAAAAAAUGCCAUCGAGGAACUCAGCAGUCAGAUUUUGUCUGCACGGAGCUGGUUGGAACAGGAACAUGAAAAGAUUGAAAAAGAGCUUGUGCAAAAAGUUGAACAACUCUCACUGACUUUUAAGGAAAAUACGGAAAUGAGUGAGAGAGCUUUUGAGAUGAAAUUCAACCAAAUGGCAGAGAAAAUUGAGAAAAUAGAAGAAAUGCAGAAGAUAACCAUGGAAGCACAUGAAGCAAAACAGGCUGAAGAAAGGAUAAAUAUUCGCAUUGGCAAACUCCAAAACGAGAUAAAUGAAGAUAUAAAAGAAAUGAAAGCCGAAGUUAAUGCUGGAUUUGCAGCCAUCUAUGAGAGCAUUGGGUCUCUGCGGCAAGUUCUAGAAGCAAAAAUGAAGCUGGACAGAGAUGAACUACAGAAGCAGAUCCACCAAAUGAAGCAGGAGGUUCCAAGAUGGGGAGAGGCUGGACCAUGACUGCAAGAUUUUGUCUGAGAGAUUCGUGUUUCCCUGGCUCAAUAGGCAGACUCUUGUCUUGUUCCAGUCUGUGACCCAAGUUAAGUGCAUGUACCAAGGACAUGCUGCUGCUGCCCAGGUCUGUGUGUUGGCUCAAAGCAGUAAAUGCAGGCUCUUCAUGGAUAACCAACAACCAGCCCUCGGGGCUGAGGUGCUCCUUUGCCACUGCACUACUCUAGUUACUGUCAGGAAAUUAAGCACUGUGUAAAACUGGAGUAAUAUAUUGGUGAAGCUGGCACCUCAUUUGCUAAAGGCAUUCCAGUUUUGCAGGCUUGGGCAGUAUAUAUAUAUAUAUACACUUUUAUAUAUAAGCACCUGCACCCACCCCAUUCCACCCCAUCCCUCUUUUUUAAAAAAAUAAAGACAACUUGAUAUAAUUUGCUUAAUAUGAAUUUGGCAAGGUUCUCCAUCUUGAUGCAAAUUACUUAGUUGAAAUCAGUGGACAUUUUUACAGUGACUUUCUCUACUAUUGGCUUCCUGGGGAGGUAGAAUUGGCACUAAAAAAAACAAUGUUCAAAACCUAGAUGCCAUCAGAAAAUGUUUGUUUAGUUUUUCAAAUAUCCUCUGUGUGUGAAAACUAAGUAGUGUUAUAUAAUGUAGUUGUAGACUAAGAUGAUUCAUGAACAACAUAAGAAACUUUAAUCACAUGGUCUUAAGUAUUGUAACCUUUUAGAAUUAAUAACCAGGUGGAGUUGAGACAAGGUAGAACAUGUAUAUAAAAUAUUUUUUAAGUGGGCAUGUGUUCCUGUGACUUGCUUCAUUGUAUUGAUAAAAACUUAGAAAGGUUUGAAAACAAAAGAGAAGGUGAUAAUCUAACCUAGCCUGGAGAAUGUAAUGCAAAAUAAAAUGCAGUUUAUGUUCUCCUUAGAAAUUUUCAUUGAAGUAAAAGAACUGAUUCAUCAUAUUUAAGUAGACUAAUAGUUUAGCAGAUUCAAAUUGCUAAUUGCAUUCACAGUAUUUCCAGAUAAUAAUUUCCAUUCACAGAAGGGAUUACAUAAUCAAAGUCAGCACCCAUGGGGUGUAUUAAUCUAGAUAGGAAAAAGUAUAUAUGUUAAUUUGAUUUCCUCAUUAAGAGCAUGAUAUAUUGCUCCUCAUGUUUGCAAGUCAUGCAGGAUUAAACAGUCAAGAAGAAUAAAAGACCUCAUCCAGUAUCCUAUUAAUUUAUACUAUUAACAGUAAUUCAUAGACAAAAAUACUACUAAUUCACACAAUUCACAAUAGUGUUAACAUAAAUAAAUAAAUAGGAUGUCUCUACGCUAUUCUUAAUGGAUUUUUCUUUCAGCUAGUAUUGCAAAAACUAUUCUUAGUUGGAAAAUCAGUGGCAAAUUUCUCACCACUUCCAUGAAAGAUGGUUUGGCCCACAGAGUCACCACAUUUAAAACAAACAAAGACUAAAAAACCUGCUCCAAAAACUUACACCAUUAACUUCAGUAAGACAGUGUAGUGUGUAAAAAAAAAAGGAGAUGCACUCAUCUUUACAGGUCUAACACCUCAUUUUAUAUUCACUUCUGUAUAGUUGAAGGCAAUUCAAAGUCUCAAAGAUACCUGAAGCUUUUGCAGCUCUGGCUUCCAAUGCUGACACAAACCAGGAAUGACAGAGGCAGCUUUGUUACCAUCCAUUUGUGCUCUGAAAUGCAUUUACAAGGGCAGCUCAGGGGGAAGCCCAGUUCCCCAAUGAAAUGCUUGCAAAUAUUUCUUAAGAAUUGUCUUAAAAAUUGAUUCUUACUCCACAUAUGUAUUCUUAUCUAUUCUUAAAUAUUUAGCCAUGUGCAGUGGAAAAGCUAUUGCUGGUGUUUCACUAAAAAAAAAAAAAAAGAAAAUAACAAAGAAAGAGACAAGAAGAGACAGAACAAACACCAAGUAAUUUUUUUUGUUCUGUAAUUGGAAGUCUGUACCUGAGGGAAUCUGGUAUGAUAUGAAAAGCAUACAAGGAAUCAGAGAAACAAUUUAUACAGGAUUUUAAUAAAAUGUUUCUCUUGUAAAAAUCUCGUGUGAUUGGUUCAUAUAAAAAACAACACACGAAACCCUAUCCAAUUUUACUUUUACUGGUUUAAAAAUAUUUUUCCCUAAAUUUCAGCUAAAGGAAAUAACUAAGAGCCCAAAUAAAAUAAUAGUGACGUGCAACCUAAUGUCAAGCCGUGUCUUCAAGCUAUGAAGUGCUCCCUGGAGGGAGACACAGGUCAGCAAUGUCUUGUCUGCACAGGCUGUCAGGGAGUGCUCGUAUGGGAUGAGUGAGUUCUUCAAGGGACAGUGGGAGUCCCUGUAUGUUCCCGUUAACCUUGUAUGGCAGAGUGCUCUCCUCAGGAGCAGCAAGGCCUGCAGGGAACAGCCAGGGAGCCAGGAGGGCAGUGCCCAGGCACCGGGGGCUGCCAGAGCUUCACUCUGAGCACUGGCCUGCAGACAUCCUGGAAAGCCAAAUAGAAGGAAACAGCUGGGCCUGGAAGGGGAGCUGCCCCUCUGUUUUUCCUUCCAUGCUGGUCUCCAGUGGGAUUGCUGUGUGCCAGUCCUUCAGGGACACCAAGGGCCUUUGGUGGUGGAAGCAACGUGCUUGCUUUGUUCAACACCAGCACUCUGUGCUGUGAGUCCCUCUGUGGGCACCAAACCCGGGGCUGCAGAGCCCAAAGGGAAGAGGCAGUGAGAGGGGACACUGAUUUACUGGAUGGAACCCAAGCAAAUGGAAUGAGACUUGGGAAAGGAGAUGUGCACAAAAUACUAUUUAAAACACAAAGUUCACUGACAGAACCAUAAACUCACUAAAGGAAGGACUGGGAGGAGCCUUGGGAAGUCAUCUGCUCCCUCUCUCUGCUUUGAAACAGAUCUAACUCUGCCUAAAAUAUUUGCUAUAGGCACUUGUGUAACUUGCUUACAACAAUCUUUGAAGAAUAAACCUUUGACUAAUGCAGUCUAUUCCACUGCUUAAAGAACUGCCCUGCCGCCCAAACACCUAAACUGAAUGGACUCUUGAUAGGACAGGACAUAAUGAGCUUAAUUUCAAGCACAGAGGACACAAAAUCUAAUUUAUGACAUUCUUCCCUGCAUGUCCAUUAAUUUUUUUAAGGCAAUCUGUGUAUAACAGAAGAUUCAAAUGAAGUUUCACAGGGGUAUCUGCCCAAUACUUAACUUUUUUCUUCUUCCUACACCCAUACAAAACCCACCAAACCAACAACACCCAACCUAAAAAACUCACAACCAUAAAACCCCCAAAAUGGCCAAAAGCAGACCACUUCCUCUCAUGGAGUUUUAAAAUCUUUCUUUUGUCAGCUAUUUUGCAUGCAUGAGGCUUAAACCAUUUGCAGUGUGCAGACCAUAGUUUUCAGCCAGCUAUGUUGCCUGAAAGGCAUAAUGAGUGUCAAAGGUUAAACUCACUGAAAAAUAUUUAACUGGGGUACAUGCCUUUUAUAUCAGCAUGAGAUAACACAGCAGAAUUACAGUACUGUGCAGUGAGGGACUUAACUGGGAAUCAGAAUUAUGACAGUAAUUACAGAGCAAUUGUGCUAUUUAGGUUCAUUAAGCAAACCAAAGGAAUGAUGCAAGUAAGUUAAAAGGAGGAUCCUAACUUCGACAUGUAUUUGUUUAUGUAGUACAGUUUUGUAUUGUGGGUACCUUUAUAUUGUGGAUAUCUUUGUCAUUAUGUUCUGAUACAGUUCAGCAGACAGUUUCCAUGUCAGAGAAAAACAAUGUGAAAGACAAUGAACAGCAGUAUAUUCCUGUGAAGUCAAUUUAAACUGAAAUGUAAUAUUUUCUUCUUUUCUCAUUUUGUGUUUCCUGCUCCACCUUCUCAAGCAUCUGGCCAUCUGGGGCACAGAGUGUUCUCUGUAUCUUAGAAUUACAGUGCUCAUUAGACGUGUAUUCCAGUAAUGGAAACGUAUAAUGAGAGACAAAUGACAAACUGAUGAACCCCUGAUGAACUGAUGUGCAGAGGAGGGAUCCUCCUGUGAUACUCCCCACGGUGUAAGAAAUUCGGAGGCACAUUUGAAAGAAAACCAGGAAAUUCAGUGCGAGGCCUCUACUGGAUUUGCCACAGGGUGUCACUGUUACUCUUGGCGAGUGAAGGACGAUGCUAAAUGUACCUGUGUGAUCCAUAGGUGCCGCAAUGCCUCUGAGAUGGGGCUGGAAGCAUUUAACAACGCUAUUACAAUACUAGGAAUGCUAAACAAUACUAGUUAAAUAUGGAAAAGUAUUUAACAGUACUCUGACAAAAGCAAAAAAAUAUUCUAAAGGCAUCACUCUGUAAAAUCUCAAUAAAGGCAGAUGAUUAAUUAAGGAAAAUACUCUGAGGGUGAUUGUGAUACUCCUUUGGACAACGCACAGGGAAUGCUACUUGGGACCAAAGCUCUCUGCUACCUUUUCUGUCAGCAGAACUUUGGUCAACACAAAGCAUGAAAAACCCCCAAACCAGCUCCCAAAUCCAGAAAAAAAAUAUCAGGGGCAGUACUUCUAGAGCAUUAGAUCUUAACUCAAGUAAAGCUCAAAGAGUAACAUGCAGCAUUUCACACUGAUCAUCCCAGGAGCUGCUGCAGACUUGCAGAAGAGGCUCCUUACCCAGCACUUCCUCCCCCUCCAAGACUGACUUUGGCUGACAGACCACAGGAUAACCUGAACAGUUACCACCAGAUGAAGCUCUGGGCCUAACACCAAAAGCUGCUCUCAAUCCAUGCAAGGAUUAUCUCAAUAAAUAGCCUCAACAUUACAAGAUAUGUAGGAGAGCCAUGACUUUUGCUGGCAUUGAUCAGUGCAAAAUGCUCUUAGCUCAGCAGAGCAUUAGUGAUGUAUACCUAACCACGACCAAGUUUAAGGAGGAAACUGAAGCAGUAAUUGUCAUGAAACAAAAAGCCCAAGCUGAAUGAGAGGCUGAGUAGGAAUUGCUGGUGAGAAAGGAGAAAGGAAAAUUGCUUCUUGUAGAGUGACAGGAAUUAAAAUAAAACACAUCAUGCACUGCUGCACAUGCUCCAAACAGUUAUUGUCAUUAAACCUGACUUCAGCUUCUGCUAAGGCUCAUUUUCUAACACCACUGCACUAAACAGGCUCCCCUCCUACGUGAUUGAAGUUGAAUUAGACUAUAAAUGAAGACAAAUUUCGCUGACUGUGCUGUCUCUCUCUUGUGCUACAUUUCCUGAUGGUAUCAGGACUGUGAGGUAGGGCAUCCACUCUGCUAGGUGGCCUCUGUGACCUUGCUAUCUCCAUUAAGAAUAACUUAAAAGGUGCAAUAAUUGCACAUUAGAAUAUAUAUGCCUUCAUAUGAUAACACUGAAUUUCCAUGCUGUGCCACGCUCUUUUAUUCUUCACUGGCUUUGAGAAUUGUCAUUUCAGUACAUGCAAGUAUCUUAUUAUAUAAAUCAUGAAACUCAAGAAAGGUAUAACGACUCAAAGUAGAGCUUUUAAAAUGCAAAUAACUGAAAACAACAAAAGUUAAAACAUAUUUUAUGCUACUGCCAUGCUUUGAAAAGAUAAAUGCCAGCCUGUUUACUACUAUAAAUAAUAAACCUUGUUCACUUUACAAAGA